GAAUCAGAAACAUUACAAAAUUGUGAGAGGAAUCGAGUUUAAUGCAAUUCUUGUUUUGAAAAUCAUCCAUUUUUGGUUCCUGAGGAAAUCCCUGGCAGUUAGCUGCUCUGCGUUCUCCAAAUUUCUCCACUCCAUUUUUCUGUGUUCCACCAGCUAGUUCACAUGGUUGAGCUUGGAGGGUCUGCAACAAUGGAGAACACCAAUGGAAAUAUAGUCAGUGUGAAGCAGGGAGAGCCGACUCUGGUUCCUCCUGCAGAGGAAACAGAGAAGGGUCUCUAUUUCCUCUCCAACCUUGACCAGAACAUUGCGGUCAUCGUUCGAACGAUAUACUGCUUCAAGUCAGAUGAAAAAGGGAAUGAGAAAGCAGGGGAAGUGAUCAAGGAUGCAUUGAGGAAGGUUCUGGUUCAUUACUACCCCCUCGCUGGAAGGCUGACAAUCAGCGCGGAGGGCAAGCUUAUUGUGGACUGCACCGGAGAAGGAGCUGUCUUCGUUGAGGCCGAAGCAAAUUGCAACAUGGAAGAGAUUGGUGACAUAACAAAGCCAGACCCUGACACUCUUGGGAAGCUGGUUUAUGAUAUUCCGGGUGCUAAAAACAUCCUGGAGAUGCCACCUUUAGUGGCUCAGGUGACAAAGUUCCAGUGUGGAGGGUUUGUUCUUGGGCUGUGUAUGAACCAUUGUAUGUUUGAUGGGAUAGGAGCUAUGGAAUUUGUGAAUUCCUGGGGUGAAACAGCCAGAGGUUUGCCACUUGCUAUUCCACCAUUCACAGAUAGGACCAUCCUUAAGGGCAGGAUCCCCCCAAAGAUAGAGUACCUGCAUCAGGAAUUUGCUGAGAUUGAAGACAAGUCUAGAACUUGUGAUCUCUACAAAGAUGAACUGCUCUACAGAUCAUUCUGCUUUGAUGCAGAGAAGCUUGAGAAACUGAAGAAAAUGGCAAUGAAAGAUGGGUCUCUAGACAAAUGCACUACUUUUGAAGCUAUUUCGGCAUUUGUGUGGAGGGCUCGGACCAGGGCACUAAACAUGUUGCCUGAUCAAGAAACAAAGCUCCUCUUUGCUGUUGAUGGGAGGCCUAAAUUUAACCCUCCACUGCCAAAAGGCUACUUUGGCAAUGGAAUUGUGUUGACAAAUUCUAUAUGCCAAGCAGGAGAGUUACUGGAGAAACCGUUUUCCCACGGCGUGGGGCUGAUUCAGGACGCUAUCAAGAUGGUUACAGAUAGUUACAUGAGGUCCGCUAUAGAUUACUUUGAAGUAACAAGAGCUAGGCCUUCUUUGUCUUCUACCCUGUUGAUCACCACUUGGUCUAGGCUAUCUUUCCACACUACCGAUUUCGGGUGGGGAGAGCCUGUUCUAUCAGGGCCUGUUGCAUUGCCGGAGAAGGAGGUGAUCUUGUUCCUAUCUCAUGGCACAGAAAGGAAAAGCAUAAAUGUGCUUCUGGGUUUGCCAGCUUCUGCCAUGAAGACCUUCCAGGAACUGGUGCAGGUCUAGAGGAAAAGGGAGAUUUGAUAUUUGUGAUCCUUUUACUGUUUCUGUCUCGUUAAUUUCACUGUGCUAGUUCAAUUAUCUCUAUUGGUAUAUUAAGUUCAUCAGCUUUGCAGAAGGAAAACCAAUUACAAUGGAGAUGGGCACGUACAAGGGAAGAAAAUUCUGGGUGAAUUUCUGCAGAGUGUGUUGGGGUCUACAUUCUUUUUUCUUUUCUUUUGUUGGAAUUUGUAUUACCAGAACUUGUCUAUUGUUCAUUUAAUUUGAAUGUUAAUUAAUAAUUAUGUUCAAUUUCA